AUGUGGCGCUUAAUAGAGAAUGGGCUAGCAGUGGGAACUGAACUCAGUCAUAGGAAGAUAAAAGACGGCGUUGUCUGUCUCGCGUGCGGCAGAACUGAGAGUUUAGUUCAUCGCUUCUGGACGUGUCCUCAUUCAGCGCAAGCUUGGUCUCUCUUAUCUGAUUUAACAGGGAUCUCUUGGUCUGCACCUCCUAAGAAACUAGUGUGUCAUGCAGAAUUGAAGGGCUGGCUCCUCGACUGGAUUGGCAAGGGCUCGGCUGAUCAGAUUGAGUGGAUGUUCACCAUGAUCUACAACUUGUGGCAGGCAAGAAAUGAUGCUAGGGAGACUAAGCAAAUGCAGGACCCAAAGACAAUCGUCUUGAGAACAGCGACAGCAUUGGAAGAGUGGCGUGGCCUUAUGGUUAAGCCACUAUCUGUGCCAAGUGCGGUCAAGGUGAACUGGCAGCCUCCGGCCAUUGACUGGUAUAAAAUCAAUGUUGAUUGCGCAUUCCGUCAGCAAGAAGGUAUUGGAGGUGGGGGCGUGGUCAUCCGCGAUCAUCAUGGUAGCUUCACAGCGGGAGCUUGCUGUUUUUUCACCCACGUCGCUGAUGCUGAGGGUGCGGAGCUGCUCGCUUGUCGAAAGGGGCUCUUGCUUGCUAAGGAACUCCGGGCAAACAGGGUGAUCUUGGAGACAGACAACACAGGGGUACGGGCCAAGCUAUUGAAGCUGGAGCUGGACAGGUCGGUUCAUGGAUCUUUAGUGGAGGAAAUCAAGGUGCUACUUGGGAGUUUCUCGGAAACGGCUGUGUGUGCUGUUCGUCGAACGGCAAAUGCUGUUGCUCAUGCUUUAGCUAAGGAUGGCUGCGAUAAUAAGUUGUGUAAAAUCUGGUUAGGUGUACCACCGGCUUGUAUUGUGAACACUCUUGUAUCGGAUGUUUCGGUGAACUAA